ACAUAAAGUAAAGCAGCUGUCACACACCAUGGCAUUGAGAAGUCCUUACUCUAAAGAAAUUAAUCUGAACGCUCACCACAAACAAAGGUCUUACGGAGCAUCUGUCUCAUUGGCUGUGAGUGUAUGUGGUCAAAAGGCAGGGACUGAGAAUGGAAUGAGCACCCAAUCCAGAAGACCUGUCAUUGCACAACCGGCUGCUCGGGCCUGGGCAGACAAGCAGGCAGCACUGCAGCAGGACCAGGUUCAACAGGAUAGGAUCUGGAGAGAAUCUGUGGAGGCUGAGCAGAGAGGAAGAAAGAUCUGGUACCAGAACUGGAGUUUCCUAAAGGACUAUGACCAAAUGGGUAAGAAAAAGGAGCAGAAGCCACUGCCAAACUAUUUGUCUGUGUUCUCAAGCAAAGUUCCCAACUCGACCAACCAAACUAUUGGCAGUCGAAUAAAUACUGAACUUGGCAGGGCUCUGGUAAACAUGGACUACUUCUUCAGCAGUGGAGCACGAAAGAGAAAACUUGAGGGUGAGCUCCAGUUUUCCUAGCGCUUCAGUAAAAAUAUAACAGUAACAAAGCAAGUUGAAUCGUUCUAGCCAACAGACUGCAGAGCAUGUAAAAAAAUCCUCAAUCUUUUUCUCAGAGAGACCAAUACUACUGUCUAGCAUGGAUUUUCUUUCAAGAGGAAAGAUGGAUGCUGUCCAACAAUAUCAUAGGAGACAAUCCUCUUCAUAUUUGGGGUGACUGGGCGAUAUACAGCGAGUUAGCACUACAGAUCUCAUCCAUCUUCCCAUGGAAGUCUACAGUAAGGUUGCCACUAACAUCAGAAAGAACAAGGUUACAGCCAAAAGGCAAUUUCUUCCCGAAUUUUUACUUCCUGAAAAUAAACAAUUAAUGGACACCUGCUCAGAUGAGUCCCAACAUAAACAGCAUACUUUCAAUUCCAAAAAUCAGUGCAAUAAAAUGCAACAGCUUCUUGCAUUUCAUGUAGUUAGGCAAGGAUUCAUCAGCCUCUGUUAUCUGUGUGUUUAAGCUUGCUCUAAAGAAUAAAAUUUAAGGCAC